UCAUGGAUAUCAUAUAUUAUUGGAUAUAUUUGAUAAUUACCGAAGAUGAUCCUUUUUACAGACAAGGCUUUUGAAGUCUGGACUUUUUGUAUCAUAAAGAUUUUCACAUUAAAGCUGUACCAAUAUGAGAGAAUCACAAGAAGCAUCCAGGAGAACCUUGGACAAUGAAUGGAAGAGGACAAGAAAACAAAAAGAACUUGGCAUUUAAAAAGGAUUUGAUACCUGGAGACUUUGGCUGCAGCACAUAUGUGAAAAUGGGACAUACUCCCUCAAAAUACAAAUUAACUUAGGAAAUCAUCACUUUUGGAAUCAUGCUAUUGAACUAAAAUAAAAAUGCUUUUCUCUCUUCCUGGCCAGUAACGGAGCAUUGAUGGAUUACGAUUUUCCAAAGUUGGAAGCAUUCAUUUUCACCCAUUUAAUCUAUCCUUAUAACUAUAUAAGGAAUAUAACAUUUCCUAUUUAAUAUAGGUCAGAAUGGGCAACUGACUUCUCAGAAAAAAAAAAAUGGGAGAUUUUACGGACUAAGCCACAAUUUCCCGAUGCACUUUGUACACACUGGGAAUUGCUAUGCUGUAUGGCCGUCUUCUGAAGGCCAUGAUGACAUAUAAAAUAAAGAUAUCAUCUUCCUGUUGAUAUCUUUGAGGAUUCACAACCAGAAUCAGAAAAAUGAAUGGAAGCAAGGAGUGUGAUGGUGGGGACAAAGAUGGAGGAUUACCAGCAGUACAAGUCCCAGUUGGAUGGCAACGGAGGGUGGAUCAAAAUGGAGUUUUGUAUAUUAGUCCUAGUGGGUCUUUAUUAUUCUGUUUGGAGCAGGUUAAAACAUACCUGCUGACUGAUGGAACAUGCAAGUGUGGUUUAGAAUGUCCUCUUAUCCUUCCCAAGGUGUUUAAUUUUGAUCCUGGUGUUGCUGUGACGCAAAGAACAGCUGAAGAUGUCAAGGCUGAUGAAGAUGUCACUAAGCUAUGCAUCCAUAAACGGAAAAUUAUUGCCGUGGCUACACUUCAUAAAAGUAUGGAAGUGCCACAUCCUUCACUGGUUCUAACUAGUCCAGGUGGGGGAACAAGUGCAACUCCAGUAGUACCUUCACGAGCAGCAACUCCAAGAUCAAUAAGAAAUAAAUCACAUGAAGGAAUUACUAAUUCUGUGAUGCCAGAAUGUAAAACUCCUUUCAAGUUGACAAUGGGGGCCUCAAAUGCCAUGGGUAGGCUGUACGUGCAGGAGAUGCCUGGAAGCCAGCAACAAGAACUUCAUUCUGUCUACCCUAGGCAGCGAUUGGGUAGCAAUGAACAUGGACAGAAGUCUCCAUAUCGUGGCAGUCAUGGAGGAAUGCCUAGUCCAGCUUCAUCGGGAUCACAGAUCUAUGGAGAUGGUUCCAUCUCUCCUAGAACAGACCCACUUGGAAGUCCAGAUAUUUUCACAAGGAAUAAUUCCAAUUUUCAUGGAGCACCCAACUCUAGUCCUGUUCAUAUGAACAGAACCCCUCUGUCGCCACCUUCAGUAAUGCUACAUGGUUCUCCUGUGCAGUCAUCAUGUGCAAUGGCUGGAAGGACUAAUAUACCUCUCUCCCCAACGCUGAACACAAAAAGUCCAGUAAUGAAAAAGCCCAUGUGUAAUUUUUCAUCAAGUAUGGAAAUGCCACGAGCGAUGUUUCACCACAAAUCACCUCAAGGCCCGCCGCCGCCACCACCACCACCACCACCACCGCCACCUUGUGCUCUUCAGAAAAAGCCAUUAACAUCCGAGAAAGAUCCACUUGGCAUUCUUGACCCCAUUCCUAGCAAACCAGUAAAUCAGAAUCCUGUUAUCAUUAAUCCAAGUACUUAUCAUUCAAGUGUCCACUCUCAGGUACCUGUGAUGAAUGUAAGCAUGCCUCCAGCUGUCGUUCCUUUACCAAGUAAUCUCCCUUUGCCAACUGUAAAACCUGGUCACACAAACCAUGGGAGCCACGUGCAAAGAAUGCAGCACUCUACUUCAACCUCUCUUUCACCCUCCCCAGUAACAUCGCCAGUUCAUAUGAUGGGAUCUGGAAUUGGAAGGAUUGAGGCUUCGCCCCAAAGAUCACGCUCAUCUUCCACAUCGUCCGAUCAUGGAAACUUCAUGAUGCCUCCAGUAGGGCCGCAGUCAUCUUGUAGUAAUAUUAAAGUUCCCCCUCGAUCACCUAGGUCAACCAUAGGGUCACCUAGACCAUCCAUGCCACCCAGUCCUUCAACAAAGACUGAUGGACUCCAUCCGUAUAAGGACAUCCCUAACACAUUAAUUGCUGGAAUGAGUAAUGUAUUAAACCCUCCGAGCAGUGCCGUUUUUGCAUCUGCCGGAAGUGGGCCCAUGAAAAGUCAGCCUGGCUUGCUAGGAAUGCCUUUAAAUCAGAUCUUGAACCAGCACAAUGCUGCCUCCUUUCCAGCUAGUAGUUUACUCUCAGCAGCAGCCAAAGCACAGCUAGCAAAUCAAAAUAAACUUGCUGGUAACAAUAGCAACAGCAGUAGCAGUUCUGGAACUGUUGCCAACAGUGGCAGCAAUGAUGGACACAGCACUUUAAACACCAUGUUUCCUCCUACUGCCAACGUGCUUUUACCGUCAGGGCAAAGCGAAGGGCAAAGUGGUCGAGCAGCACUACGAGAUAAAUUGAUGUCUCAACAAAAAGACUCUUUGAGAAAAAGAAAACCACCAACCACUACAGUGUUGAAUUUGCUUAGGCAGUCUCAGUUGGAUAGUUCUGGGGUUCCAAAAUCAGGACCCGAAUUGAUACGGAAGCAGAACCAGGGUUCAUUUCCCAUUACAUCGAUGUCCCAGUUGCUUCAGUCCAUGAGCUGUCAAAGUUCUCACAUGAGCAGCAAUAGUACUUCUGGUUGUGGGAGCUCAAAUACGGUUUUGCCUUGCUCUGCUAACCAACUGCAUUUUGCAGACACUAAUAUGAACUCUAGCACUGUUCAGAAUUCACUGGCACAGGAUGUACCUCUAAGAGGGGAAAGUAUGCAGUGCCAGAAUCCAAACACUAACUUUGUCCACGGCACUAGCCCUGGCCCAAACAACCAUCUAGCAGGUUUAAUAAAUCAGAUGCAAGCCGGUGGAAAUUGUGGGGUACUGAAUCAGUCUGGAAUGGCUUUAGGAAACUCAUUACAUCUGAACCCCAUUCAGCCACGAAUCCAAGCACCCUCCACACCAAUAAUACCAAACAGCAUUGUGAGCAGCUGCAAUCAAACAAGUCCAGAAUCAGGAAGGGUAGGACCACCACCAUCAUCCACGGCUGUAGCUGGCAGCAAUCAACCAGCCAUCACGAAGACAACGUCUCUUCUUCAAGAUGGUGUCAUAGUCACAACUGCAGCUGGAAACCCGCUACACAGCCAGCUCCCCCUUGGGAAUGACUUUCCUUUUGUUGGUCACGAACAUGCUCUACAUUUUCCACAGAACAGCGCUUCGAACAACAAUCUUCCGCACUCUUUGAAUCCAAACCUCUUUAGUUCGCUACCUAUCUCUUUGCCAGUGAAUCAGCAGCACCUCCUAAACCAGAAUCUCUUAAAUAUACUUCAGCCUUCAGCAGGAGAAGGCAAGUCUGAGGUCAACCUCAAUCCUUUAGGUUUUCUCAACCCAAAUGUAAAUGCUGCUUUAGCUUUGCUCUCCGGUGAUGUGGAUGGGCAGGUGCUGCAACCUGUUCAUUUUCAGCUGCUAGCAGCUCUUCUUCAGAACCAAGUCCAAACAGCCGCCAUGUUCCCUUUAGCACCUGUCAGUCUGUCCAUCUCAGAUCUGUUACAGCAACCGCAAAACAAUCCUUUGCCCUCAGUGACACAGAUGACAGCCCCACCACAACCAGCACUGCCAGAUCACUUGCUUAGCACUCAGUCAGACAUCAACAGAGCUGAGACCCUGUUGACCUAUCCCCUGGGAAACCCUUUCCCAAGCUUUUCAGGCACAGACACUGCUUCAAACCCACUGCUCCUCCCUGCUGUCACUGGGGCCUCAGGAUUAAUGACCUUGAAUCCCCAGAUGUUGGGAGGUGUUCUGAACUCUACAUCGGGCAACACUGCUAAUCAUCCAGAGGUUUCCAUAGCAACCUCCUCCCAGGCUACCACUACCACAGCCACUACAUCAUCAGCAGUGGCAGCACUGUCUGUCUCAACACUUGGUGGGACAGCAGUGGUGUCAAUGGCAGAAACAUUGCUGAGCAUAUCUAAUAAUGCUGGGAGUACAUCUGGUUCAGCUAAACUCAACAAUAACUCUGUGGUGCCACAGCUACUUAACCCUCUACUGGGGACAGGUCUACUUGGUGACAUGUCCUCCAUAAACACUUCUCUUAAUAACCAUCAGCUAACUCAUCUCCAGUCACUGUUCAACAACAAUCAAAUGUUCCCAUCAAAUCAGCAACAGCAGCUUCUUCAAGGCUACCAGAAUCUUCAAGGUUUUCAAGGACAGCCUCCCAUUCCUGGGCCACCUAACAAUCCAAACCCUAUGGCUUGUCUGUUCCAGAAUUUUCAGGUGAGAAUGCAGGAAGAGGCUGCUUUUCUGAACAAGAGAAUGAUUACUCAAAUGGGAAUGCCACCAAUUCCUGAAAAUUCCAGCACCCCACUUCCACCUUUUCAAGACACAACAUGCAACUUGCAACAAAGGACAGAACCAUCUGUAGGGCAGCUGGCCAAGGAAAACCUUGGCCUAGCAGCCCAGAGUGACGGCUCAGUCGAUGCCAUCUACAAAGCCGUGGUGGAUGCUGCAAGCAAGGGAAUGCAAGUAGUAAUCACCACUGCCGUCAACAGUACAACACAGAUGAGCCCCAUUCCAGCUCUGAGUGCCAUGAGUGCCUUCACAGCCUCAAUUGGUGAUCCAUUAAAUCUGUCCAGUGCUGUCAGUGCGGUAAUCCACGGAAGAAACAUUGGCAUUUCUGAUCAUGAAGGUAGGGCAAGGAACACGAGGGGGGCACGAAUACUGAAGAACGCAGAACACCUUAAAAAUUCCAGUGAGGGGGAUGGCUUGGAAUACUAUAAAGGUUGCAACACACCCAAAAAACAGUGGGAAGGGGAGCAAAGCCCUGGAGGGGAAAUGAACAGAUGGAAGUGUGAGGAGUAUCUAGACCAUUCAUCCCAUGUCCACAGCAGCCCCUGCCACGAAAGACCCAACCAUGUCUCUACACUGCCAUUAGUCCAAGGCAAGCAACUUCCUGUACUGUUACCCCAGCGCAACUGUCACAGUGAUAAGAUGUUGGAGGAGAACUUCAGGUAUAGCAGUUACAAAAGAACUAUGAUGAGUUUUAAGGAGAGACUAGAGAACACUGUGGAACGAUGUGCACACAUGAAUGGAAACAGGCCUCAACAGAGCAGAGGGUUUGGAGAAUUGCUGAAUGUUUCUAAGCAAGACCUGGCAGUGGAAGAACAGUCUCCAAGUUCCUCCAAUAGCUUUGAAAGUUCUCUAGUUAAAGACUACAUCCAUUAUAAUGGAGACUUUAAUGCCAAAAGCAUUAAUGGGUGUGUGCCUAGUCCUUCAGACGCUAAAAGCAUUAGUAGUGAAGAUGACCUAAGGAAUCCUGAUUCUCCCUCUUCAAAUGAGUUGAUACAUUACAGGCCAAGGACGUUUAACGUUGGGGACUUAGUCUGGGGCCAAAUAAAAGGACUGACUUCAUGGCCUAGUAAAUUAGUAAGAGAAGAUGAUGUUCACAAAUCAUGUCAACAAAGCACUGAGGAUGGGAAGGUGGAAUCAGACAAAUUGAAGACACUAACAGAAGGUCUGGAAGCAUACAACCAUGUCCGAAAGAGGAAUAGAAAAAGUGGGAAGCUGAAUAAUCAUUUAGAAGCUGCUAUACAUGAGGCCAUGAGUGAACUCGAUAAAAUGUCUGGGAAUGUACACCAAAUUCCACAAGGAGACAGACAGUUGAAGCCUCCAAAACCCAAGAGGAGGAAAAUCUCUAGAUAACAUUGAAUGUCUUUGUUACUGGUUCCGUACUUACAUAAACAAACAUGCACAUAAAUAUAUGGUAUUAUGUAUUGACAAUAUCAGGAUGGAUAGUGUUCAUCACCACAGGGUGCUAAACAAAAUAGUGGUACAGUAUUCUUAUUGGUAAAACAGGAAUUGUUAAUCCAGAUCUUCAAAAGGUUACAGUGUGUCUAUAAAACUCUUUUUUCUAUAAUACUAAAAUUGUGAUUAUAAGAUUAUAGUCAAGCUGUUUCUGCAAAGUUUUCAUUGUGUAUAUAGAUAAAACAGAAUUUCAUGAUGAUAUCUGAAAUGUAAAUAAUGUACAAUAUUGUCAUGUACAAGCGUACCUAAUGCACACUUUAUCUUUUAUUGUACAAAAAAAUAGUGUACAAAAUUCUUUGGUUUCUAUUGAGUACACAUACAAGAGACUACCAGUGUAAAGUGAUAAAUAAAAAUACAGCCUAAAUGCUUUUAUAUAAUAAUGUAAAAGAUGCUGUUUUUGUAUUUAACAGCAGUGAAAAGGCAUGAUUAUGUAAUACCUUAAUUAUGACAUAACACUUCUCGCCACUGAGUGUUCAUUGAUAGUGUCUGUUUGGAAUGAACCUUGCCUGGAAGUACUGUACUCCAUUUCAGGUCCCUGUAGGAGAGUGCAACCUUGUCGAUUCCUAAAGGGAUGUGGGAUCACAGGUCAAAUUAAGAAGUCAAAAGCUGCAACUCUUGGUUGCAUUUUUUUUAAUUUGCCUGAAUUUUAAAGUAAAGUACUGUAGAUUUUUUUUAUUAAAAAUAUUUAGAUAGCUAUUUUAGUCAACUAUUCCUUUAACAGAGUUUCACAGCCACCUGCUUUAAAAUCAGACUCAUUUUAUACCACCACUCAUUUUGAAACCCCUUCAGAGCCUAAAUUGGCUAGUACAGGUUGCUGAAGCCAGAGAACACCAUUGCAUUUAAUGUAGCAGAGCAACAGCCCUGUUAAAUAUAAGAAUUGUUCCCAUUACCUGUUAAGUACCAGAUCUUACAGUACAGCAGAAAAAGUGUUCCCAUAAGCUAAAGAAGGAGUUUCAGUUACGUGCUUGAAUAUGUUUAUUUAGUUCGGUGGAACUAUGUCAGCAUUGAAGGACAGUGAAUUGUCACAGCCGCUGAUAUAGUAACCCUAUCAACCAUCUUAAUAUAUUAAAGGUAAAAGGUGGCUUACUAAACUAUUAGCAGCACUGGCCAGGAUCCAAAGAAGUGCACAACUGAUUCUCUGCACUUGAAAGGCUUUUGUGAGUGCUCCUUGGGAAAUGUCUCUCCUCCCACACAUAUGAGUGACGUACCACUUUUUAAAUCAGAGGGGACUUCCAAAAACAUUUUCUGGUACACAGUGAGAUUCUUAUUAAAAUAAGGGCAGGACUGAAAAUCCCACCAGGGAGACCAGAAUCUUUGAGUGUACCUCAAAGAGUGUAGCUCUUUGGAUCCUAGACAGUGAUUUUUAUCAGUAUUAUGUAACAUAUCAGAUUUAUUUUAUUUAAUAAGAAUUAUUUAUACCAUUAACAGAUUCUUAUAUAUAAAAAUAGGUUGACUCUAUUAACCAGAUUAUUUAUGUUAUGUUUAAGUUUGAAAGAAAUGUGAAACAUGUAUGUUAGAACGAUGAUCGUACACUACAGAUACACAAACAUAAAACUGUGAGUCAUGCUCCGAAUACCAGUAUCUUUAAAAGAAAUUGUAGUGCCGUGUCAUUUUCGAUUCUGGUGCUGCAUAUGGUGGCAGUGGCUCCUCCCCCCCCCCCCCGGGGCCCCCUUCCAGGCAUCCCAGAACAUACUCUCAGUUCACCAUGCCUGGCCCCAAGAUGGAGUCCUUAGGAACAGCGACUACCUCUUCAUCUGGGAGCCACUCUUUUUGUUAUACCCUGGAACUGUAGUCCUUUCAAAGGCCUAGUUACCUCUUCUAGCAAAGACUGCUUGCUGGUGAUCAGCGUCAUCCAAGGUUGAUGACAGUCCCAGCAUAUUGAUAACCAAAACCUAGUGCUUACACGCGAGGAGUCCUCCUUCCCUUUCUCAGGGCCAAGCUCCAUUUUCUAUGGGAUCUGAGCAAGAGGACUAGUCCCAGAGGACAAAGAGCUCAGAUUCCCCGUGGCCAGUUCUUCUGUGCCAAUGCACACCGCACUACCCCCUGGGCUUAGAUCCUCCGCUCUUAUCUCAUGCAAAUAGCUCUUCCUUUUUUCCACGCCCCAACCUGAUGGAAUGCAAUUAGCUACACUAAGCUACAGUGGCCUGGAGUCAGAAACCCUUCCUUCUGCUGGGUAGGUUCAUCUUGUCUUUUGUGUACUGGCAGGACAGAAAACUCAUGUGAAGUGAUCUUUUGUGUAGUUUAGUUAGCACUCUUAUUUUCUGUUACAAGUUGAUGUGUUUGUUACGUUUAAAGAGUUAAUGUUGUCUAUUUUUCGUACCAGCCUGCUUUCUGCUCUCGUCUAAACAGAUGUUUCUAUUCAUGAAUACUCGUGUGCGUGUGUGUGUGUGUGAAUGAGUGGAUGUGUGUUUAUAUUUAGUUUUUUUUUAAGUUUGCUCUCCUUUUUUUGGUCCCUAAAAUUGAAUUUGUAUUGACCAACCCUUCUUUUGACAUUUUUAACUAAUUAGGUUUGUACUUUUCUCACCAAUGUAUACUUUACAUUAGUAGCCUAUGUAAAGUAUUUUUGUGCACUUGAUUUCAUUGGUUAAUAUUGGCGUUGAUGUGGGUGCUAGGAGUAGUUUGUUUCAGUCCAUACCAAUUUUUUUCCCUCCUCUUUAGAGUUUUUAUCGUUUUAUGUAAGCAGUUAAUGUAAAUAUUGUGAGCAUUACAGGUCAUGCAGUGUUGUAACAUUUUUAAAAAUGUUGCACCUACUUUACAAUUAAAAAGCUGGUCACUCAUACUUGAAUUUUGCCCAUAGAGCCAUUUCUUUCUCUUUGCAUUAAUGCCUAAAUUUCUUCUUUUAAAAAAAAUAAUCAAGGCCCAGCCCUUCUUUGAAGCUUUUUGUUGUUGUUGUUAUUGUUGUUUAACAAAUCUAUAUUUUUCUAACAGAAGAUUUUAGCAUUUACAUUUUUGCCAUCUUUCUAACUUAUGGUGAGAUACUCCUAUAUUUAGAGAGUGAGAAAAUAUCCUCAUUUUAGAAAGUGGAAUAACUGAAUUCUGUAACUCAGCACAAUGACAGAAAUCACAAAUGAGAACAGUUAAGUUGGGCUCCAUAAGAUGAAGUAGCCUCACAUUAGAUCAAUUAGUGGGUGUUUGUGUGGUGUUGUGAGGAUAUAAAAUGCAAACUAUCCUCAUGUGUCUAUUUAUUUAUUUAUUCUUGGUGGGUUAUGAUAAAAUUAUAUAAAAGUCAAAGGAAUUUUUCUUUUCUCUAUCAUGGAGCUUUACAAACACAAUUUCUAUUUAUGAAAAAGUUUUAAUACCUUUAACUAAUUAUUUAGACUGAAAAUGAUUGCUGGCACUAGCUCUGAAAAUAAUAUCCAAAGGGUUGAAAAUCACACAUCCCAUACAAGGUAUGGCCACUGUUUUAAGUUGGGGAUUUUGUUUUAUACUUUUUAUAUUUAAAUUUAUCAGUGCCAUUGUGCAGACAACUUGCUAAUAAUGCAAUAUUAUUGUGGACUCCCUCAAUUUAUUGGUAUAAAGUAUCAUGGUGAACUGAAUUAACUUUUAUUAGCUACAGUUUGUAUUUUGCUACAUAGGGUUUUUAAUAUGAAUAUUCC